AUGACUACAAGCCAUCAAGAGGCCGAAGAGCUCAAUAGUUCCAACCGGGAACGUAUUGAGAAGCUUGAAGAGCAAAGUACAAGAGUCUUGGACAUCUUGAGUGAGGUCAAUACCAAUAUGGCCGAACUUAGGAUGGCCUUGAAUGUCACCUCACCUGACAAUGAAGAACAUAGAAGAACCAUGGAAGCCUUGAGGAGAGAAACACACGAGAAUGUUGAAAGAAUAGAAAGAAUGAUUGUUGAAGGUCAAGCUCCACGUCGUGAGAUGAAUGGACAAAGGCAUGAUGCUUUUGUAGAUGGAGUAGAGACAAGUGUGACCGAAUCUAUGCAUGAUUCUAUGCAUGAACCACCAAGAGUAGAGGUGAGAAGAGGAGGACGGGUAGAGCAUGGUAACGUGGCCGUUGAAAGAUGGAUUCAUGAUGGAAGCCACCAUGGGAGUCCAAGCUUGAGGGGAAGAUCACAAGAUGUGAGAUAUGAGCUACCUAGAUAUGAAGAGGGCCAUGAGGCCGAGCAUGAGUAUGAAGAAGAGAGGCCAUUUGGCCAGGACCACCGCGAGAAUAGAAGACGUGACCACUAUGCAAGACAUGGAGACCGACAAGGGAGAAGGUUUGGUGAUGAUUUCCAUGACGAGAGAAGGGGAAACCGGGACAAUGACCGGGGACCCAAGAGGACAAAAGUGGACUUUUCCAAGUUCAAUGCGGGGGACCCCUAUGAAUGGCUUGACAAGGUUGAUCAUUAUUUCCACACCUACGAAGUUCCAAGGAGGGAGAGAGUCUCCACGGCCUGUUUCUAUUUAGAGGGCAAGGCGAGUAAGUGGUGGAGAUGGAUUAGGGAUCAAUACGAAAAAGAUGAGAAAAGAUUGGGAUGGACCAUGUUUGAGAAAGAGUUCCUAUUGCAAUUUGGCCCGUCACCCACAAUUAACCACCAUGGUCAAUUGGCUAAAUUAAAACAAGAGGGAAAGGUUCACCAUUACAUAGAAGAAUUUCGGCAACUACAAACACUAGUGAGGGGAUGGUCCGAAGAGGCACUCAUUGGUACAUUUGUUGAUGGUUUGAAGCCUUGGCUAGCCAAGGAGAUCAAAUUGAAGCAACCAACAUGGAUUCAAGAAGUAAUGAGGAUGGUCGAAAUCCUUGAAGAGAGUGGUAACAUGGAGAGAAGAUUCUCCAAGGACGUGGGGAGCAAAGCCUCAAAAACUUUGCAAACCAAAUCACCUUGGAAGCCGAAGGUGGAGAUGGAGUUUUCUAAACCUAAACCCUAUGAGGUUAAGAAACUCUCUAAAGAAGAAGUCCAAGAAAGAAUCAAGAAAGGAUUAUGCUUCAAAUGUGGAGAUAAAUGGAGCAAAGAGCAUGCAUGUAAAUCGGGUAAGGCCUAUUUGAUGAUUGAAGAGGAAGGGAAUGAAGAGUCUUCAAGUAGUGAGUCCGAACAAGAGGAAGCCGAACCUAGUGAAGGGGAUGAAGAUGUCGAAUUGUCACUCAAUGCUAUGUCCGGAGUCCAAAGGCCCACUUCUAUGAGGGUCAUGGCAUGGAUUGGGAAAUUCGAAGUCACUUUGUUGGUAGAUAGUGGCUCAACACACAACUUCAUCAAUUCCAAUAUCGUCACCAAGGUGGGAUUGAAACCAAGCACCAUGGAGCCCUUUGAUGUUAAAGUGGCUAAUGGGGACAAGUUGAGGUGUGAGGGCCUUGUGAGAGACGUAAGAAUGAAUGUUCAAGGAGUAAGAAUUGUGGCGGAUUUGCAUGUGUUGGCACUAGUGGGACUUGAUGUCGUCUUGGGCAAUGCAUGGCUCAAAGGCAUUGGUAAAGUUGUAAAUGAUUAUGAGAAGAUGACAAUGGAGUUUCAGAUUGGUUCUAAAAAGAAACUUUGGACCGCUUUGACCACGAAGGAGGUGAAGUCAUGUGAGGCAAUGAUGUUUGAGAAAUUGUGCAAAGGUGGAGCUAGUUGCUUUGCCAUUAUUCUAGCAACACAAGAAGCCAUAUUUGAGGAGGAGAAAAGUGAAGAAGGGAGCAAGAUUGGUGACUUGUCCUUGCUGCCCGUAGAGGUCCAAGAGGUCUUGAGAGACCACAUGAGGGUUCUAGAGGUGCCAACUUCUUUGCCACCUUCUAGAGUGUUCGAUCAUACUAUUGCCUUGGGAGAUGAGAGCAAACCGGUCAAUGUGCCACCAUACCGGUAUGCUCAUUUCCAAAAAGAAGAGAUAGAAAGACAAGUGGAAGAAAUGUUGAGAGGAGGCUUGAUAAGGCCUAGCAAUAGUCCUUUUUCGUCACCGAUCUUAUUGGUGAGAAAGAAGGAUGGUACUUGGAGAUUUUGCACGGAUUAUAGGGCUUUGAAUGAAGCCACCAUUAAAGAUAGGUUUCCAAUACCUACGGUGGAUGAAAUGCUAGAUGAGUUGCAUGGGGCAAGUGUCUUUUCAAAACUUGAUUUGAGAGCGGGCUACCAUCAAAUCCGAAUGAAGGAGGGAGAUGUACACAAGACGGCCUUUAGAACUCAUAAUGGUCAUUAUGAAUACCUUGUGAUGCCAUUCGGAUUAUGCAAUGCCCCUUCAACAUUCCAAGCGGCCAUGAACACCAUCUUUAAGCCCUUAUUGAGAAAAUUUUUAUUGGAGCUUGAAUAUUUGGGGCACUUCAUUUCGGGUGAAGGAGUGAAGGUGGAUCAAAGGAAGAUAGAGGCCAUGGUUGAUUGGCCAUUGCCCAAUAAUGUUUCGGCCUUGAGAGGUUUCUUGGGACUAACCGGCUACUAUAGGCGGUUUGUGAAGAACUAUGGGCUUAUUGCUAAGCCACUCACUUCCUUGUUGAAGAAGGAUAAUUUUGCAUGGACCCAAAGGGCGAGAGAGGCUUUUGAAGAAUUGAAAAGAGCCAUGACCACUACUCCCGUAUUAGCAUUACCAAAUUUUGAGAAGAUCUUUGAAGUGUACACCGAUGCAAGUGGGGAUGGAAUAGGGGCUGUUUUGGUCCAAGAAAAAAGGCCAAUAGCUUUUAUUUCCAAAGCCCUUGGACCUAUGAAGAAAGCAUGGAGUACCUAUGCAAGGGAGAUGCUUGCAGUUGUUCAUGCCGUGAAGUAUGACAUUGUGUAUCAACCCGGAAAAGAGAACAAAGUUGCGGAUGCACUUAGUAGAAAAGAAGGAAGCUCAACAUUGUGGCAAGUGCAUGAAGAGGAUGAUGAUAGCUUGAUGACAUUGAGUGGGGCCGAAUGGAGGAUAUGGGACAAGAUCCGUGAGGCAACCAAGCUUGAUGCGAGAGCCAUUGAGAUUGUAGAGCUUUUAGAAGCUCAAGGUGACGGGGUAAUCGGCUUCAAGUUGAAAGAGGGACUAAUCUACUACAAGAACUAUGUGUAUGUCCCUAAUGUACCGAAUUUGAGAAAGGAGAUUCUUGUCACUUCCACAAUAGUAAAGAGGGAGGCCACUCCGGGUGGUUGA